AUGCGAUGGCAGGAACCUUGUUGUGAUGGCAGGAAAUGCAAUGUAGAUGCGGCGAUGGAAGCAAUGCGUCUCAUUCCCUUUCCUCCUUCAACUCCCAAAUAUUCCAUUUCCUUCUUCACCUUACAAACCCAAACCAAAUAAACGUGAAAAGUGUGACCCUCUCCCAGAUCCUUUUCACAAUAACCAGCGACGACAGCGAAAGCUAGAAUGUCCCACUUAAGCUUAAUACCACAACCUGAAUCCUCCGAUUCCUUCUCCCCCGGUGGCCUCUUCCUCCACGCUCACACGCUUCCUUCCUCCUUCAUUUCCUUCCUUCCUCCUCCUCCUCCUUCUUCUUCUUCCAACAACUCCCUAUCAUGUUUUUCUUGGACUCUCAAAACAACUGCCAUCACUGCUGCUGCUGGUAACUUUUUGUCCUUGACUUUCUCCUUAAACGGAACCGCCUCGGAUCACAGAUAUGCUCGAGAGCCGGGUGAAAUUCUGGGGCAGCAUCACAACAAGGUGGAAGAUGAUGUUUGCCAAGAGAAAGAGAAAGAGAAAGUUGUUGUUGAUGGAUCGGGUGCUAUGAACAUGACCAAACAUCUUUGGGCUGGUGCUGUCGCUGCCAUGGUUUCAAGGACUUUUGUUGCGCCUCUUGAGAGACUUAAGUUGGAGUACAUAGUUCGUGGUGAACAGAAGAAUCUCUAUGAGCUCAUUCAGGCAAUUGCAGCUUCUCAAGGGUUGAAAGGUUUUUGGAAAGGGAAUUUCGUGAAUAUUCUUCGGACGGCACCAUUUAAGGCAAUAAAUUUUUAUGCCUAUGAUACGUAUAAAAGUAAGCUGACAAGGAUGUUGGGGAAUGAAGAAUCUACUAAUUUUGAGAGAUUUAUUGCGGGUGCUGCUGCUGGGAUUACAGCUACCUUGCUCUGCUUGCCCAUGGACACUAUCAGGACGGUAAUGGUAGCACCUGGUGGUGAAGCCUUGGGAGGUGUUAUUGGUGCCUUCCGUCACAUGAUCAAGACAGAGGGCUUUUUUUCUCUUUACAAGGGUUUAGUACCCUCCAUUAUCAGCAUGGCACCUUCAGGUGCUGUCUACUAUGGUAUUUAUGACAUUUUGAAGUCAUCAUUUCUGCAUUCACCUGAAGGAAUGAAAAGAAUCCAACACAUGAAAGAAGAGGCUCAGGAGCUGAAUGCAUUGGAACAACUGGAAUUGGGUCCUAUUAGAACUUUGUUAUAUGGUGCUAUUGCUGGUUGUUGUUCUGAAGCUGCUACUUACCCCUUUGAAGUUAUAAGGAGACAGCUUCAAAUGCAAGUUCGGGCAACAAGGUUAAAUGCACUGGCAACUUGUGUCAAGAUAGUUGAGCAAGGAGGUGUCCCCGCUCUUUAUGCAGGAUUAAUUCCUAGUUUAUUGCAGGUGUUACCAUCAGCUGCUAUUAGUUAUUUUGUUUACGAGUUCAUGAAGAUAGUUCUCAAAGUAGAAUCAACAUAGAUGAUUACGACAGCAAUACUAACGCUGGAUAUAUACUUGAUCAUGAAAAUGGGAAUUUCUCCGCAUUUUCUUACCUUGUUACCCCUGUUUUUUGGGUGUCGGAAUGUUAGAUGCGAGAGGGAAUCGAGGGUGUAUCACUGAAGCAAUUUACUGAUGUUUUUCUGUUAGAUCUUUUACUAAUUUUUUUGCUGUUUAUUCAAUGAUGAUAAUCUGAAGAAAGGAAAAUGAGCAUUGGGGAUGCUUGGUUACUUAGACUUGAAUUUUCAAGAAGCAAAGUCCUAGAAACAAUUAUGAUAGAUUUUUUAUUUUUUGUGUUUUUUCUCUUUUCAAUAUAAUUAUGUCGUAUAAAUUAACGACAAGAUCCAAAUCUUAGUUAAUUAUCUUCCGGUUACCUGUUCAAUUGGUAGCAUUUGGUACAUCAUCUAUAUAGUUCACUCCACUACCUUUAUCAUUUUUAUCA